AUGCUGAGAUGCACAUUCCAACAGCUAUCUCCGCCUGCUGCUGAUCAUUUGUUUUUGAAUUUUACAAGCAACAAGCAGCAAUAUGGCCUCCAUCUCCAUUACUUCUAUUAUUGGCCUGCCAAUCAGUUGGAUUUUGUCGAUUCUGUAUUGGAAAAAAUGAAGAAGGUAUUAAUCCAGGAAAUUGAACCAAUUGAAAACAGGCAGCGAGUUCAAACCAUCCAUGAUAAACUUGACUGCUGCAGAUCAUUCUUGAGAGAUGUUGAGGAGUUGCACCGCCAACAACAGGAUGAACUCCAAGCUCUCUGGGAUCGUGUUUUCAAGGUGACAAACAAUGUGAACACACUCGUUGGCCAACUACUGUCUGCUGAUCAAUCAGAUUCUUCUUCAGAAUUAAUUGCUUCCAUUUUGGAAGACAUCCUGAGUACUGAGCCCGACAUUGAAGUCAAGAGAUUUGAACUCAGAAGGAAAGACAAAAAACUGAAGGUAAAGGAAGUCACCAGGUCCGGCAGUCACUUGUCAUCAUCGCCAUUUCCCUUUACUGCAAAAGGUGAGGUUGUGGGUUUCGUCAAUGAUGAAAGGUCAAUUAAGGAUCAAUUCACAGGAGGCUCAAUGCAUUUGCGGAUCGUUGCCAUUGUUGGUAUGGUAGGACUAGGAAGGAGAUAUCUCAUAUUUUUGGAUGAUAUAUGGGACGUGGAGGCAUGGUAUAGCUUGGCAGGAUCAUUUCCUGAUGACAAAAAUGGAAGCAGAAUUCUUAUCACAAGUCGUCAUCGUAGUGUUGCUCCUCAACAUUUGCUGGCGCAGGGGCCUCAUUCUCUUCGGCCUCUCAACAAAGAAGAGAGUUUGGAGCUACUGCAGAUGAAGCUGUUCCUGAGAAAUGAUUCUUGGACUCCUGCACUAAGUGAUUUUGCUACACAAAUUGCUAAAUACUGUAAAGGCUUACCACUGACAAUUGUUAUAGUAGCUGGACUACUGAAAACCACAGAGCCAGAGGGUUGGGAGAAGAUUAGGGAUGAUUUAAGCUCGGGCCAUGCAUCCGUUAUAGAGCACUGCAUGAACACGUUGGAGCAUAGCGAUGAACAUUUACCAGAUCAUUUAAAACAUUUCCUCCUCUAUUUCGGAGCAUUUCCAGAAGAUAAAGAGAUUUCGGCAGAGAGAUUGCUUCAUCUCUGGAUAGCAGAAGGAUUUGUACAGAAAGCUGAGGGAAACCGCAUAGAAGAUGCUGCUCAAAGUUACCUAAAAGUGUGUUCGGCUACUUGCUUUUGGGAUUCAAUUGGCAUUAGAAUAUUUUGUGAUUCAAUUGGCAUUGAAGAUAUUCUAAUUCAAUGCCAAUUUAUCCAUUUGGCAAAAUCAUGGAAUUGGUCACAAAUUCAAUUGGGAUUUCAAAUUCUCUGUUCAUAUAGUCUAGUAAUUAGCUUCAAACUUCUGAGAGUACCGGAUUUGGAGCAUGUUGACAUAUGUUGUCGGCUCCCAAGUGAAAUAGAAUCGCUCUUUCAAUUGGCAUUCCUAGCAAUUAAAGGCAAGAUAUGCAGUAACCUAUCAUCAAUAACCAUCCUCUCAAAUCUGGAAAUUCUUAUUCUAGUGCCAAGUGAAGAAGUUUCAUUAACAGACAGUCUUUGGAAUUUACAGAAAUUAAAGUAUCUUCAAAUAUGGUAUCCUUAUGGUAUUUUGCCCGUAAAAGAUCUUGAUGACGCACUGAUUUUAUAUGAGCUGGAUAGGCUAUGUGGUGUGGUGAUUCCUUCUCUAGACAGCAUGGAAAGGCUUAUGAGAAAGUUUCCAAACAUCCGUAGGUUCAAAUGCAGACUUUUUGUUCAUGUGGAAAAUCAUAUAGUUCGGGACAAGAUUGUAUUUCCUGACUCUUUGAGUCAACUACAAACACUCAGCAUGAAAAGUAAUAGGCCAUUAGUUCCUCCCAUCACUUUUGAAUUGUUUUUGCCAAAACAUCUAAAAAAGCUGAGCUCGUUGAAAUUUGUUUUGUCUUGGAGGAACAUUUCUACCAUUGGUCAACUGCCUAACCUUCAAGUGCUCAAACUACUCAGCAUACACUUUGAAGGGGACACAUGGGAAAUGGAAGAAGGUGACGAUACCUGA